CAACCUUGUCCUCGUCCACGUCCACACUGUCCAUUGUCCGACGAUCCACCUUGACGGCCACACGCGGCUUCUCUUCAACCUCGACAACCCAAACCAGCGCAACCACGAACUCAUCUGCGUCACUUCCACUUCACACUCCCACACGAACCCAAUUCCCAACCACCGCUACCCCUCCCACAACGCGCACCAUGGCCUCCGCCUGCAGCACCAGCCCCUCCUCCCCGGGCUAUGAAAAGAUCCCCAACACCUCGAUCCGCAUCCUCCGCACCGUCUCCUCCGUCCGCCGCUUCCGGAAGCCCCUAACCCUCGACUCGCGCUCCGUCGCCCUCGUCCCCACCAUGGGCGCCCUCCACGCCGGCCAUCUAAGUCUGAUCCGGGCCGCCGCGCGGGACAACCACCACGUCAUCGUCUCCAUCUACGUCAACCCGGCGCAAUUCGGCGUUCGCGAAGAUUUGGGCAGUUACCCUGUCACCUGGGAAGCGGACUGCGAGGCGCUGGCCAAGUUGGAUCGCGAGCUUGCCGACGAUGGGGAGAAUCUGGGACGCAUCUCGGCGGUCUUUGCGCCGACGACGGGGGAGAUGUACCCUGCCGGGUUUCCCGGGCAGGAGCCGGAUUCGAAGGGGUCGUUUGUCACCAUCACGCCUGUCGGGGAGGUGCUGGAGGGGGCCAGCAGACCGACGUUUUUCCGGGGCGUGGCGACGGUCUGUAUGAAGCUGUUUAAUGUGUGCCAACCCGAUCGGGUAUAUUUCGGGCAAAAGGAUGUGCAGCAGACUGUGGUCAUCAAGAGGCUGGUGGAGGAUUUCUUGAUGCCGAUUGAACAAGUGGUGAUAGUGCCUACUGCGAGAGACCAAGAAGAUGGGUUGGCGUUGAGCAGUAGGAAUGUGUAUUUGGGCGAGAGAAGACGGAAAGUGGCGAAUGUGCUGUAUAGGGCGCUGAAGGCGGCUGAGGAAGCUUAUGCGGCUGGGGAAGGGAAGAGAGAUAGAGAGGGGGUUUUGGGUGCCGCCCAGAAAGUGAUGGAGGAGACGUUGGCGGAGCAGAUGAAGUUGAGCCCGAGCGAGAGGGUCAAAUUUGAGGUGGAUUAUUUGAGCUUGGCGGAUCCGGACACAAUGCUAGAGCUCGAAACGGUUGAUACCAAGAAGGGAGGGAUUUUGAGUGGUGCGGUGAGGUUUUUGCCGGUGGAGGAGCCAAAGGAGGGAGAGGAUUUGGGACAUAGUGGGGGGCCGCUGGUGAGGUUGAUCGAUAACAUCAUCUUGCCGCCUAAGUAAGGGUGACGGGGUAGAAGUGACGGGAUAUUUGUGUUGUUCGCUAUACUAUAGAGCUGUCGUUGUUAGAAAGCAUUUUGCAUGGAUUGGCGUAAGCGAUAGAGUUUCCGUUGGAACGCAUGUUAGAGUCAUUGGCGAUCAGCGUUUCGUUUAAACUUGUAUUUGCGUGUCAUAUCUAUACAAGUUGGAUAGUUCUUAUGUAGCUUGUCUGCUGCACCGAGGCCAUUAAGCUUCCGUACUUCAUCCCUGGUGGUCUCCUUCUCCUCGGACUGCUCAUGCUGGAGUGACGAUAACCCAUUGUCAGACCUCCGAUGUUACCACCUCCUCCCUCCAAAGCAGAACCACAAGCCCAAAGCGACAGACCUCCCAUCCCGUCCAGCCGGCCCUUCGACGUCAAUGAACACCCCAGAGCCAUUGGAACUGGGUGAUCGUGGUUUUGGUUCCAUUCAUCCGUCCUUCUACCGCUUCUUGACUUGCUGGUCAAGAGACCUUGGCUUGACCCCAAGCCACAGUAGUCCUGGAACUCAGACAAGAAGGCCUCGCGGUCGCUAAUCGCGCAUCUUGCGCGUCUCGAAUCGGCUCUUGAUCCUGAGACACCCUCUCAAGAUGCCGGUAGGAAGGUGCAGCUCCCAUUAACCAUUUCUUGGCUACAACAGCAGCAAUUCUGUCCCCAUAU